AUGGCUGACCUUAAGGAAUCGGCAGCUGUUGCUCUAAGAAAAGCUAGAGAUGUUUUUACGGGCAAGGCUGAGGAGGUUGACCCGAAAGCCCUUCAAGGCGGGGAUAUAAAUACAGAAAAAUACGGUGAGAGCGAAUUCAAGGCGAGAGAAAGAAUGCAAGAAGUGAAGCUCGACAAAGAGGGUGUUUAUGAUGAGGCGAAGCAGAGAGCCUUGGCUGAUCGUGAGACAGCAGCCGAUAGAGGAAUUGCAGCAAAAAAGAACAUCUAUGGAGCAGCAGGAGAUGUGCUAGACUCUAUCAAGGAGAAGCUGACACUCCCGACAGAUAUCGUGCGCGAAGCUCGGGCCUCACGGGAGUAUGGCGGGCCCAAAAGGGCCCCGAAUGAGAAGCUGGUGAAGGACAUUGGAGAAGAACCUUCCGGGCCUGCGGCUAUGCCUACCGUCAGGACUUCUGAUUAA